AAGUGAGAGUCUUCAACCGCGAGAGAUCGUCAAAUUGUCUGAUUCAUAAUUCAAGGGGGAUAUUCCCGCACACAUAUUUUUGUGGAUUUGCCAUGUGCGAGAGAGCUGACAAUGCAUUAAGGUCAAUUUUUUGCUUUUGUAUUGGGUGGCGCUUAACAUUAGAUUUACGGAACAGAAAAGCACAAAACGUAAACAAACAAGCAUGCCGGUGACUCUCACAUACGAUCGUAAAUUGACAUACACUUAUAAGAUUCAUUAACAAAUACAAUUUAAUAGAAAAAAAAAUUGAGAAGAUAUUUCAAACUGAGCACUUUGAGACUUAUCAGGGAAAAAUCAUUCAGUUAUCUUUUAGAGCUCGUCGUGUACGGUUGAAAAAUAAUAAAGAGCAUGAGUGAGAUGGAGCUAUAAAUUGAUAGUAACGAUGAUUAUGAUGAAAAUUGUGUAACAUGUGCUUAUGAGUGAUAACAAUAAGAAAUAUUUAGCGAAUUGAGUUGAUUUGUGUGUAAAUAAAAAUAAGAAAAUAAAAUAAAUCAAAUGAGAGAAAACAUGAAGGAAGUGUUUGUGUAUAAAAUAUUAAUAUUUGCAUUAGCUUUGCAAGUUUCUAGUGCAAUGAAUUCUGAUCCAAAUAGGCAAAUAGUUUAUGAAAAAUGCAGGGGACCGGGUGAUCCCGGACCUUGUAAAGGAACUUACAUUUACAAAUGGCGUUUCGAAACAACAACUCAAGAAUGCACACAAUUUAUAUGGUCCGGAUGUCAAGGAAAUCCACAAAAUCGUUUCGAUUCAGAAGCUGAAUGUUUAGCACAUUGUAUUGGAGGGAAUCAUACUCUUCCACCUCAUAUAACAACCACUACACCGAGUUUAAAAGACAUCAAUCUAAAUCAAACAGCAAAAGAAAUUCCAGAAGUAGAACAGAAAGCUACACCACCAAAAAAUGUCACAAUCCCACCGCCAAGCUCAUCUCCAGAACCUCAAAGUGAGGAACUCAUCUUUCAAGACAGCGAAAGCAAAAAACCUCACAAAGAAUUCAUGUUUGCACAAAACAACACGUUCAUCCAAAUUGACGGAGACACGAUAAAAACAUUCCAAUUAAGAUUGUGUCGUGAGAUCAGCUUUCAAUUUCGUACGAGACUACCGCAUGGCUUGCUAGUUUAUCACAACGUUAAAAAUCCCGAUAAAAUUGAACUUGACCCAUACGCUUUGUAUGUAAUUGUCGAGAAAGGGCAGCUCAAAGUCGUGCAUGUAUUUGGAAAGCAUUCAACUUCGGUGAUCGUGGGCGAGGGUCUGAAUCGUGAUGAAUGGCAUAAUGUGACGGUUAGAAUUGAUGUUCAUGGAGCAAGAUUAAUAGCUCGAGUUGAUAAUCAACAAGAAGAGGUCUACUUGAAAGGCUUAAAUCAUGAUACAAAUUAUGGAGUCAGCACUAAUUUGCCAUCUGUCGUAUUGGUUGGAGGUUUGAGCUCCGAGGAAAGGCUACAUGGUGUUAAAUAUAUAAUUGAGUCAUUUGUCGGAUGCAUACGAAAUAUUGUGCUUAAAAGUGGCAAGGCUGCAUCCGAUUUACUUCCAAUUAGUCCACUUAUUGCGUCAAAGCAUGAGAAUGUCGUCGAAGGAUGUUACAAUAAGUGUGAAUCUAGGGAAAAUUUGUGUUUUGUUGGAUCUCGUUGCAUUAAUCAUUUCUCAUCGAUCUCAUGCGAUUGCUUUGGAACGAAAUAUGAAGGAGAGCAGUGCGAUAUUUACUCUGCAACUGCUUUAACCCUCAGAGGAUCAAGUUUCGUCAGCUACAGAAUCUACGAUUGGAAAGACAGAACUCACAGCUCAGUCACACGAAUCAGCUUAAUGUUUAAGACUUGGUUUGAUGAUUCAGUGCUAUUCUAUGCUAGUGGUGAGUCAAUCAAGCCACAAUACAUUGCAGCAUCAUUGAAAAGAAACAGGACAUAUGUGGAAAUGGAGUUUGGAGAUGGUCCAGUGAAUUUCACAUUGGGUGAAGACUUAGCUAGUGAUUAUUGGCAUAACUUGACAAUCUUUCAUGAUCAUAAGACUAUCAUGGUUUAUUUGGAUGAUCAAAUGAAAGUUUUUGAAGGAGCUAAAAAUCUGUUGUUUGAUCCUGAGAUUUAUUUUGGAGGUGGACCAGACUUAAACAAAAAGAAAGGAUUAGCAUCCAAUAACAAUUUCGCAGGUUCCUUCAAAUAUGUCUUCUACAAUGACGUGUCAAUCCUAUACGAACUCAAAAAAGGCAACCCAAAAGUUCACUACAUCGGAAGUCUUAAGCCAGAAUUUUAUGAAAAGUCAGUUAAUGUGAUUCCAAUCACAUAUCCGUUCGCUACAAGUCAUAUUUGGUGGCCAAUUGAGAAUGUUCAUUAUCUUAGUGUCAAGUUUGACUUUAAGAGCAGCAAGAACACAGCAACAUUAGCUUAUGGUGACUUUAAGACAAUUCUGGAUGAUGUUGAAGGAUUUUGGGAAAUUAAAUUGACAGAAAGCAAUAUCAGCUUUGAGCUUACGACUGAAAAGAAUGUGACGGUGUUAACAUCGAUUCCUAUUGAAGAGCCAACGGCUUGGCAUGCAGUGGACUUCACAUACAAAAACGGAACUGUCACAUUGAUUGUCGACUAUCGAGCAAAGGAGACGAAAUUGUACGGAAUGAGUUUUAUCACACAGUCGAAGCUUGUUAUUGGAAGUAGCAUAAAGAAUGCUAGUGGUGGAUUAGUUGGCUGUAUGAGGGAUUUAGGAAUUAAUGGAAAUGACAUAGAACCUCGAUUUGUUGUUAAGACUGAAAGAGUUGUUGGUGAAAUUGCAUUGGACAAUUGCCAGUUUGUAGAUCCAUGUGCUAGGCCAAACACAUGUGAGCAUGGAGGCAAAUGUCUUGUGAAAAAUGGCAGAGUAACUUGUGACUGCACACAAACUGGUUAUGUUGGAAAGAAUUGUCAUUUCACAGCUUAUAGAAAGACUUGCGAGGAACUAGCACUUCUGGGUUAUACAAAGACUGAUGUCUAUCUAAUUGACAUUGAUGGAAAUGGAAAACUUCCACCAGCUCAUGUUAAGUGUGAGUUCCAGCAUACAGAAGAUUCCACAAAGACAUUAACGAUUGUUGAGCAUAACCUUCCAUCACAAAUCGAUGUCCGAUCGACAGCUCUUGAUGACUUUAGCUUUGACAUUAAAUAUCGUGAAUUUUCACCGGAAAUGUUGCAGGAACUCAUCUCACAUUCACUCUACUGUACGCAAAAUAUUCGAUAUGACUGCUUGAAAGCUCCUUUGGAUUUAAAUAGUGCAACAUGGUUCAAGUCAUCACAUAAAAACAGCACGACUAUUAUUGAUUUUAUUGGGGAAAGUAAGAGAGGAUCAUGUACAUGCAAACAGAACAAGACCUGUGUAGACCAGAACGAGAGCUGCAACUGUGACAGUGGAAAUAAUGAUAAAUGGAACAGUGACGAGGGAACAUUUUCAGAUCCAAACUCAUUAGGUAUCACAAGUAUGUACUUCAUGCAACAGAAGAACCUGGUUGAGGAAUCACGCGGAAGGAUAACAUUGGGUCCACUUAAAUGUGUGGAAACUAAUACUCAAAAGUACGUCGUCACAUUCACAACAUCCCAAAGUUACAUUGAAGUUCCUGGAUGGAGAAAAGGUGACAUCGCAUUUUCAUUUAGAACAACAGGAGAAAAAGCAAUCCUUCUUUUCCAACCGCCAAUCAGACCAAACUUCCCUAGCUUCUUGGUAGCAUUGACUGGAGAUUAUGAACUGACAUUUGCAUUUACACUGAAUACAGGAACUUUAAGAGAACGAGUCAUUAAUUCAACUAGAAAAUUGAAUGGCGGAGAGUGGCAUAAGAUUUGGAUAGAUUACAAUGAUUAUCAUGUUAGGUUUAUGAUUAAUACGAAUGUUGAUAUGGUUGAUUUGUUGCCGGAAGAGCAGUUUGGACCUUUUGAGGGAAGCAUGUUUAUCGGAGGAGCCACAGCAGAUCUACUCAAAAAAGCACCAGUCAAGCAAGGUCUCAUUGGAUGCUUCAGAGGUCUCGUAGUCAAUGGAAAAAUUCUUGACAUUUACAGCUACAUGUCAGUUCAUCUCUCUGAGAUUAUCAAAGACUGUAAGCCAUCAUGUGUACCUAAUCCUUGUAAAAACGGUGCUCAGUGUAAGGAGUUAUGGUCAAACUUCAAGUGCGAAUGUAAGAAUCCUUGGGCUCAUGUCGGAGAAUAUUGUGAAAUCAACCACAACGACAAAGCGUUAACAUUCACAAAUAGUCAAUCAUACCUGAAAAAAAUCUACGUCAACAACAGCGACGGCGAGUUCUUGCGAGCUAUUUUAAAGGAAAACUUUUUAGUCAACAUUCGUACUUACGAUGAUCGCGCCUUAAUAUUGUAUGCUCAUGACAAUUCAAACAAUUUCGUACAUCUACACAUAUCAAAUGCUGACGAGGUUAUUUAUCUUUACAAUUAUGGCAAUGAGAUUGUAAACUUGACAGUUAAGAGUGCUGGACUUAAUAAUGGAAAGAGCAUACAAAUUGCUGUGAUGAAAACUGAAACGUCAACAACACUUCAUGUCAAUGAUCUAAAUGUAACACAUGAUAAGGGCAAUCUACUAUUGACUGAAUAUUCAAAUAAGCCAUGGACGAAUCCACAGCUUGAGGUUAUUAGUCCACACAGACCACCGGCACCAACUAUAUCUUACUUCCAGUUUAAUAUUGGUGGAUAUGAUCAGACGAACUUGUUGAGGGUGAAUAAUAAUACAUUGGAUGGAUUAGUUGGAUGCGUUAGAGGUUUAAGAAUUGGAACAACAACAAUUGAUCUUGCUGAACUAGCUAAGACUAACGAGGCUGAUCAUACUGAUGGUGUCCUUAAUGAAUGUCAAAUGAUUUGCGACACUGAGCCUUGCAAAAAUGGUGGAAUCUGUUUUGAGAACUUUGCUAAGUCUGCAGAGAAGCCAUUGUGUAAUUGUGAAGGCACAAGCUUCACUGGCGAGUUUUGUACUGAAGAUCGAGGUGGUGAAUUUUCUGGCGAGGCUGGUUUGGAAAGAAAGUUCGUAUUUAAUGGAACUAUCGACCAGAUUAAGUUACAAAUGGCUUUCUCAACUGCUGAUGUAAGAGGCAUGCCAAGAAUGAUGUUGUUAAUCCAGACAGAAUCAUCUAAGCAGUAUUUGAGAAUAGCUUUAAAUCCUGAAGGGGAAAUUGAGUUUCAUGAAGAACGUGAGCAUGUCAUUUACACUCACACAGCUAAGAGAUCAACUCCAGAAGAUAAUUUUGCUAAUGGCAAUCGUCACUCGAUUUUAUAUAAAAGAACACUCGAUGAUGCUGCUCUGUUUAUCGACCGAACUAUGGUAAAUCUUACAAAAAUGACAAAACACCCUGAACCUGAGCAAUCAGUGCCAAUUCCUGGAAUCACAAAUCGUUUAUUAAUUGGAAUUUCUAACUCAACUCUUGACCCACGAUUCAGCAUUUACAAAAGUUAUAGUGGCUGCAUUUCGAAUUUGUUCUUAGUGAUCAACAACGAGACAAUGGAUCCAGUUGAUGAAUACAUGAUGUUUAAGAAAGAUGGAUCAGAACAUACAAAAACAUUGAAUCCAUCCGGUGUACGAUCGACGCAAUGUAACGUGCAGUUUGAUAUAAUAAGAAAGUUGAUUGAUGAACCGCUGUUGAAUAUUAGUUUAGGUACAGAUAAGAACUGGGUGGAAGAGAGUCCAACACGUAAACCAUACAAACUAGACUACGUCGAUAACGGAGAAAAAGAGGAGCAAACACAAUUUGUUUUCAUAAUUUUAAUUACAAUCUUUGUCGUCAUCAUAAUUUGUUGUAUAAUUGAGGUUUAUAGAACCGACAGAGCUCAUAAAAAGCGAGUUGAGAGAGAAACGGAUGAGAGUAUAAUUUGGGCAAAAGAACAAGCUACAAAAAUGCAUGAGUCAUCGAGUGCUAGACUAUCAUUUAAGUCUAUAGCAUCAGAUCAUGAUAAUGAGGCAAAGAUUAAAGUCAUCAAUGAGCCAACACCACCGCUUGUUGGAAUUUUAAAGAAUGGAAGUGCAAAGCCAAAUGUUGAGUAUGAUAAGCCAAAUAAGGAACAUCCAGUUAUAAGAGACAGCCAAUUAAUUGAUCACGAACCUGGUUGGGAUUCAUUUAUGCACGGAUCCCAAAACUCUCUCAAAUCACCAAAUUCUGAUGAUGAUGCCACUGAGUCAGACAUGUUGGCAAGAAGCGAUGAUCCAAUCGACAAGUCAAUCAAGCUUUCAUUCAAACCAGCAAGACCACGACAAUUGUCGUUUCCACCUCCAACAUUAAACACCCAAUUACCAUUUAAGCUUGAAGAAGAAGCUGACGAAGAAAGUGAUUCUGAACCUAAGUCGAAUGGUCUUUGAAACUUUUUAUAAAAAAAUAGUAUUAAUCCCUCUUGAAGGAGGUUUGUCAGACUUUAGAUGAAGAUGUUAAGGGUUGUCACUGAUAAAUGAUGUCUCUAAGCUUAAUUUUUGACUACGCAGCUGUUAAGUAUGCUUAAAAGAUUCAAAUUCAUGCACAGCAGCUUCAUUAAAUUCUGACAAAACCUUACAAACUCCUCAAAUCAAUCCUGUUGUUGUGAUAAACCUCGAAAAAAGAAAAUAAUGAAAUUUUUUUUAAUAAAAACUCCAACUGAUUUUUCCAGAUAAUUUUAAAAUAAUUUUAAGUUUUAUUUUUUUUUGUAUUCCAUUCAUUUAUAUCCUUUAAAUUUUAAAGAAUCUUUUUUUUGCCACAAAUAUUUUUUUUAUUCUUUCGACUUCUUCAGCCAUCCGGCCUGUAUCAAAUGUUUCUUGAUUCGUUUUUCAACUGGGUCCAUAUCAUUAAUCUUUGAGUUACUUAAUAAAACAGUUUUGAUGGUUAUAUAGCGGGUUGGUGGUAGAUUUAAAGAGGAACAAAGCUGAAAGAAUUGAAAAUAUGGGAUAUUAGUGCUGUUAUAAGGCUGAGAGGAUGGUGAAACUCACCUGAUGUUCGUUAAACGUUAAUAGUGGAGCAGCGACCUGCAUCGGAUCAAUUGUCUGCAUAUUAUCCAAGGAGUUUUUGCUGUUGGAUGAUCCGGCGCAUGAUUUGAGGAAGUCUGUGCGGGGCAUGGAUUUUGGGCCUGUGGAAUUUGAGCUUGUUUCCUUUUCGGCGUCUCUGUUGAGGCAAAGAAGGUUUAAUUAAAGUUGUGGAAUAUUAUAAACUUGCUUAGGAAGCUCGGUAGGCUCUAGGCUUCAUAUUUCUCAAGUUAGAGCAGUCCAGAGCUGUAAAAACCCAGAUAACGACCCCCAAAACUUACUCUUUUUUUAGCAGUUCCAUUUGAUCCAAUCGAGGCUGCUGAUAUUUCAUUGAUGUGGUUGCUACUGCCAUUUUGUCGUCUAGAUGCAAAAUGGCUUCUUUUUGGUGCUCCUGCAGAAAUAUGUCGUACGUAACAACCAUUUGCUCCACUCAAACAUGCAAGCUGUGAGUUUUAAGAAUAAGAUACCGAUAUAGAUAUACAGUCAUCAAAUUUUUUGUUUCAGAAAGUAAGAAAAUUUUUUCACAGAAAAAUUUCAAAAAAAAGUUAAAAAAAAUUCGAAAACAAAAUUAAAAGAAAAAGUUUUUUUUACAGAAUUUGAGUAUUGAGAAAAUCUUUACAAUCAUUGAAGGAUUCAGUGAAUUUUUUUCAUUUCAACUUUUCCACAAUGCUUAAUUCUCAACAUCUCGACAGCUUACAUGUAAGAGAGUUUUUUUUUUUGUUAAAUUUUUAAACGUUUUUAAAAUUUAUUUAAAUAUAUUUUUCAUCAUAGACUAGGAAUAGAAAUUAAUUUUUUUUAAAAUAAAAAUUGUGCGAAAAGUUGAAUGAAAAAUAUACUUUUUUUGUUGAUGGGCUUUAUGGUAUUGGGUCGUUCACUUAUGACGUCCGAAUUUAAUGGUCAUUUUUCAAAAAAGAACAAUGGAUAUCCAGGAAUUCCUUUUGUUCUUUUCUUGAUGACCAUCAACCUCCUGGACGUAAUAAGUGAACGGACCCUAAAUGAAAUGGAUAUAAAGUCUACCAAAAUAUUAUAUGUUGGAAUUAAGCGCAUUUUCUGAAGUUGAUGUUUUUAAAGCAUUGCUAGCUAGCAUGACACUUGAAUCUAGCUGAUUUCGAUUUAUGUUGACACUCCAUUAAGUAAGGUCUUUAAAUCCAAUUUUGUAAAUGAAAAGUGAUCACGUAAAUGGCUAAAGAACUCAUGGAAAGAGGCUGUUGAUAGAGACAGUGUUGCAUUUGGAGUCGGCAAUUGGCAGGCUAGCGAUAGAGCUAGUUUAGGAGACUACUAAGGGAAGUCAUAGAUCACAAUUGAUCUGUCCGAACAGCAAAGAAGAAAAUAUUGAUUUAUGUUUGAACACUAAUCAAUGGUUGGGAUUCGAACCCGUAAUAUUCUUAAAAAUGAUAAUUUUCAGAUAUUUGAUCUAUAAGCUAAUAGCUCAGGUAUAGUUUUAAUCUUAGAUUGGCAAAUUAGCCUUAAAAGGAACGUCCUCAAAGAUGAAAUAGUAAUAGUACUCAAUAAUUAAAUCUGUAAGUGCAGAUCAACUUAGUUGUGUAUUCAAACUACUCAAUCUCAUCUUAGCAACAUCAAAUCAACCACCAUCAAAACUUAAUCCACAUUGACAAAUCAUCAGCAUCUUCCAUCAAAACUUCAUAAAAUGCGCCCAAAUAAAAAAAAUUCCAACAAACUACAAAAAUGUGCAUCAAAAAUAAAAGAAUUCCAACUCACUUGUUUAUAAUGACCAAAUCCAAAUGGACACGAUGUUCGAUGAUGAUUGGCUGCUGCAUGCUUCUCAAAAUGUUCACACUCGUCGAUCUUAGUCAGUCCAUUCCAUCGAUAUCGACACAAUUCCGUAAGUCUUAUACGUAAAAUUCUCUCACGUUCCAGCGAAUAAAUCAAUCUCUCAAAUGCAUCAUUUGAAUAGAAUUGACGAAAAUUUUUCAGACUUAGUCGCAAUCCUCUCUCGUCUUUCGUUUGAUUAAUGCCUUUACCUUUUCCAUUCUCAAAUUUUCUAAAGAAUUCUUGUAUUAAUCUAUAGUCUCGAGCAAUGCGCUUCUUUCGUGCACGCUCCCUUAAUCUUCGAUUAUAAAUAUCAACUACUGCCAAUUUUAAUGCCGAUUCUAUUUCAUCGUCAUCGGACGUUAGUGCUAAAUUCGAUACUAAUUGUUCUGCAGUCACAUCGUAUUCACGCUCAAAGUCAUCACGGUAUGGCAUGUAGCCGAGUUGAGCUGCAUGCUCUUGUGUACAAACUUCCAUACUUGAUUCUGAAAAUUUCUCUACUUGUAAUUCAUCUAUGGAUCUAUCAUCAACGGUUGUGUGAUCUGUUAGUGUUAAUUUUUGUUCCUUUUCAAACUUCCAUGUAUGCUUUCCUAUUGUUCCAUUCAGGAAUUUACUAAUGUAUUCAUCCUUCGCCUCCUCUGGACUCCUUGUUUCAAUAUCUUUUGAGAUAUCAUCCCAAUUACCAAAGCCAUAGUGCUCAACUGCUUUUAAUAAUUUUAAUUCUUCUAAUGCUGAAAAUGCGCCUUUUCCACGAAAUAUUGUUAUUGCAUUUGGGUC